AUGGAAGCAUCUAAAAGAGCAUAUUCUCCAAUUCACUCAACGUCAACUACAUCAAAGAAACAGCGAGGUAAAUUGAGACAUUCUCUUGUAACUGAUAAACUUUAUGAACCUUCUUCCUUUGCUAUAGAUCUUUCAACUGGUUCAGAGACAUUCAUCACGAAGUUUGAAGAUUUAAGUGAUGACUUAAUAUACGAAAUAUUCGAUCAUCUAGUUUGGAUCGAGAUUCUUCAGAGCUUUUUCGAACUGAACAAACGUUUUUCGACUCUUAUAAAGCUUUAUCCUUCGCCAAUGAUCGUUCAUAGAUUACCAGUACCGAAAGAAGCAUUUGAAGCAGAAUGUGAUCUUAUGAUGAUUCUUCAACAGCAUCAACUUCGAUCCAUUCAUGUUGUUGGCAGUACAAAUAUCAAUACAUUAUUCAGUACAUGUUGCAUCGAUAGCUCAUUUCAUCGUCUCGAAUCGGUUACCCUCGAAGAUGUUGCACCGGCUCUCGUCUUACCUGUACUUUCAGAGCUGCAAAAAUUACCUAGUAUCUGUCGCUUAUCUUUAGAGAUUGAUAAUAUUUUGAUAGAACCGCCGGAUAUGUCACUUGUCUAUCAAACGUUAUUGAAUUUUAAGUCUCUUAAAUAUCUUAAGAUUUCGAUGACAGACACUUUUUCUGAUGACAGUCCAUAUAUAUAUAUUCAAUCGACUCUGAAUCAAGAACCAAUUAAUCUGGAAUAUUUAGUAAUUAAACACUUAAUCUACAUCAAUGAAAUAUUGCCAAUUAUAAAGCAUACACCUAAACUUUACCAUUUGUGCCUCCGAUCACUGAACCGUCCUAAUGAACCUCUGGAAAAGGUGCGAUCUAAGAUUCCAAAAUUAACAAGCCUAACCAGGCUGAUUAUUCAAGAUUCUGCAAUGACCGUUAACGACUUGGAAACACUUCUGGAUGCAUUUGACUGCCAAUUGCAAACUCUUAAGAUUAAAACUCGUUCGUAUUCAAGUUUUCUUAUCGAUGAACAAUGGGGAAAAUUGAUGAAUACAAAACUUUCCAAUCUACGUGUAUUCAAUAUACGUUUAUGUGAAUCAGAAUCAGAAGAGUCUAACAUAUUUGAUGAAGAUGACGCUGAAAACGAAGCUUUCAUUCAAAGUUCGAUAAAUUUCGUUUGUGAUUCAUUUUGGUAUGAUCAUGGGUGGACGGCACGAAUUCGCAUUUCAAUGUUUUCAAUUCAAUCUGAGUUUCGACGAACAAAGUAA